AGUAUCAUUAAUAACAGACAAGUAUAUGAAGUAUAGUCACGGACUAUUUCUACAGUUUACCUAUCACAAAUAUCCCUUUAGUUUACAAACAUGUCUGUAUCGGUAAAGAGAACGUCGAGUGGAGUUGCCUCAACCCUUGCCAGCCUGCCAAAACCCAAAAAUGGACAUAGUGCAUAUGAAGCUUUUUCAGACUUUUUAGACCUCGAUGACCACUGCAUAGAUAAGGAAGAUGAACAUACGCCCCCUUCUUUGUCAUCGAAGAAUUCUAAUCGGAGGCACAGUAUGAAAAAAACACAUGCACCUGAACCGCCUGAAGAGAAAAUAGAUCCAUCUACAUUACCCUCUGAAAACCAAAUAAAAGAGAGAUUAAAUGACUGGUUUGAUGCCCUAGCUCCUGUUUCCGAAUCCGAAAAAAAUCACAUUAAUAAAUUAGAUAAAACGGAUCAAUGGCGUUACAUCUUGAAACAAAUUAGAUUGACCAAAAAGUGUUCGAGUUCUCUUUAUCUAAUUAAUUUGAAACAAAAACGGGAAAUAUUAUCAACUUUACGAAACCUUAAAAGGCAUUUACUUGUGAAUGAUGAAAGUCUUCUCAAUGAAUUGGAGAAAGGUAACAUCAUCGUACAUGUGGUCUCGGUUUUGUCAGAUGGAGUCAAAUCUUUGGUUAACAAACCUUUAUCACUUUUUCAAAGGGAUUCAUACCAUUUCAUUAUACAUGAUUCUCUCGUCUGCAUAAAUUUCUUUUGCAGAAAGAAUUUAUCAUUUACACUCUCUGACUCGACGGAAUUUUAUGAAUCAGUGAUAUAUUGUCUUAAUGAUUCUUUCGGGAGAAAAAUUACAACGAUCGCCUUAGAAGUUUUACAAUUGGCAAUACGAAACCAUCAAGGUUUCGGGAAUUUGAUCUCUUCUCUGUCUAAGAGAAAAAAAACUUCAGAGCGAUAUAGCUUAUUUGGUCCCAUAGUUAACAUUCAACGUUGGGAAUAUAUAACGGAAAGAACAGCCCUUGCCCUAAUUAGGCUUGUAAAUACAAUGAUAAAACACACUAGGGACAACGAAGAGCAGAUAUGGUUUCAAUAUGAGUUAGUUUCUGCUGGUUUUCACGCUAAUAAGCUUGAUCUAUUGGAGUCCUCAGACGACCUGAGAGAUUCACUUAACGAGUAUCAUAAAAACUUAAUUGAUGUUGACUCAUUUAAAAGUGAUUCAUCACACGAAUUACAAUUACUUCGAGAGGAGAAUAAGAAACUCUUAAAGCAGUUAGCAGAAUCAGCAAAAUUUAAAACCGAAGAAAAACACACGACAGCAUGUCUUUUAAAAGUAGAGAAAGAAGUUAAAACGGAAAAAAAAAACAAUAGAACAGAUUCUAUUCCAAUAGCUCCUCCCAUAAACCUUGGAAUUAUAAAUCAAUCAUCUGAAAAGCGUGAGUUAUGCAUCGACACAUUAAAAAUAAAGCCAAAGGAAAGAAUGCCAUUAUAUAAUUGGACUCCAAUUAGGGACUUGGAAGGAACCAUUUUCGAGAAUUUAAACCAUAAUGAUAAAUCAAUAUUAGACAAUAUAGAUUUUGAGGAUUUCGAACGUCAAUUCUGUACUUCAUCACCUGUCGGCAGCCAACGUUUCAAGCGUAUGAUUGACAAGUCCUCGUCAACGUUUUUCUUUGUUGAGACUAAUAGGUCCAAAAAUAUUAUUAUCACAAGGAAAAGAAUAAAUUUAACAGCAGUAGAAAUUAGGGACGCAAUUGAGAAUUUAAAGAUUGACCUAAUUCUAUCUGACGUUGCGGAGAUUCUUAUUAAAUUUAUCCCUACGGAUCAAGAACUUGAGGACUUAGCGAAAAGUGUUAGUAAGCGAAGCCAUUAUGGUGAAGCUGAAGAGUUUAUAUAUCAGUUGUCUCAAAUUGAGCGGUUAGCAAAUAAAUUAGAAACCAUCUACUUCCUGAAUCAAUUCGAUGACAGUAUUGGCAGGCUAUCACCUGUUAUAGGUUCAAUUACAAAAGCAAGUCUCUCCUUGAUUGAUAACAGAAGAUUUUUUGCAUUCUUAAAAAUCGUUCUCUAUAUUGGCAAUUUUACAAACUAUGGAAAAAAACAAUACACAUUCGGCUAUAGAAUUAACUCUCUUAGUAAGCUAGCAGAGGUCAAAUCGAAUGAUAAGAAACAGAACUUAUUACAAUACGUACUUGGAGUGAUACAUGAUAAGUUUCCCGAACUAGUUACAUUUCACGAAACUUUAACGUUUAAAGUUGAAAAAGGAGUUUCGUACAAAUCCAUCAAACUCGAAAUAGAUAAUCUUGAAAAGAAACACAGCAUUGCAUGCGAAGAAACGAAAAGUUGCGUUAAUAAAAAAAAUUUAGAGAAACUUUUACAACAAAGCAACAGUUCUUUGGAGGAAAUACAGAAAAGUUUUCGAACGAUGACAGAAAAAUGGAAUCUUGUCUGUAGUCUAUAUGGAGAAACACCAGACGUGACUGAACCAUACGAUUUCUUUAAAACUAUAUCAGAAUUCAUUCAGUUAUAUAAAGAAACAGAACGUAAAUUAUUCCAAAAACCUUUUAUUGUUUCAGAUAAAUCCUUAAAGACGACAAGUUCAAUUGAAAUUAGAUCUUCUAAGUCUAGUUUCACUCAACAAGCUAAGGAUUUACACGAUGCAUUUGUGGAACAAAUGAAAAAGCGUAAGAAUUCAGUUAAAAAUGAUAAAUCAGUGGAAGAAGCAUUAAAUGUCUUAGACGACGCUAUCGAUUCUCAUUCUCAAUUGACACUAAGAACAUCGUCAGAAAUAUUGGACGAGUCCCACUUAUAA